AUGCAAUUCUUUUCUGACAAUGACGAUACCACCCCACUGCUCCAAUGGGAGGCCUAUAAAUGCUCCCUGCAUGGAUUUCUGAUAGCCAAAAGCUCAGCAGUCAAAAAGGAACGUACAGCGCACUUUCACCACUUACUCCAAAAAAUACAAAGAUUAGAGAUGACACACAGACAGGCAGGACUCGUAACCGACUGGCACAAACUGACUGUACUAUGGAGAGAUCUCUCUGCCCUCAUGAACCACUCUUACCAAAGAGCUUUCACUCGUAUCAAAACCUUCUUUUACGCGAAUGUCAACAAAUGCGGCUCCCUGCUGGCCCGCAUGAUUGCCAAAAAUAGGUCACACACCUAUAUAGCCAAGAUUCAUGACAAGGACAAUUACCUGCG